UGUUAGAUGAAGUCAAUAAGGAAAUGAAACAUUUCAUCAAAUGAGGAAGGAAGAAUUAAAAACAUGGCAGUUCCACUGCAUCAAGAUCUUAUUCAGACUAUGCAGUGAAAGGCAGUUGACCUGUGGAUCCAUGUGUCAAGCUUGUUUAUUGGUUGUGAUUGUGACAAAGAUGUUACUAUAAAGGUUAUAGCCAAUAGCAGCUGAGACAAUGGAACCCUGGAAGAUGCCCUUUCUGCACUUGCAGUGUUUUUGAUGACUGGAGUUCAGAACCAUGAGUCGCGACGCUGGGGAACGAGAACCUCUUCUGGGAAACCAGUCCAGGCAGAGAACCAGUUCAAACUAUUACGGAGAAAGCAGCGAGAGCUCCAGCGGACCCAGACAGCAGGAGGAGGACAGCAUGGGAAUGACGGUGGCUAUCAAAAAAGCGGCCAAGAAGCAGCUAGAUGCCUGCUGUAGCAAGGAUAACCUGAAAACCAAAUUUCCUAUUACUAAAUGGCUCCCUGAAUACAGUUUUCGAAAUCUUCAAUGUGAUGCGAUUGCUGGACUGACCGUCGGACUGACGGUCAUACCUCAGGGAUUGGCUUAUGCUAAAAUUGCAAAUCUUCCACCACAGUAUGGACUUUACUCUGCCUUCAUGGGCUGCUUUGUGUACUGUUUCUUCGGGACUGCUAAGGACAUCACCCUCGGACCAACGGCCAUCAUGUCUCUCAUGACAGCGACCUUUGCCACAUCAAAAAUUGAGAAUGACGCCACCUAUGCUAUUGUGCUCUGUCUGAUUACCGGUUGUGUUCAGCUGUUGCUUGGGUUACUUAACUUAGGAAUCUUAGUGAACUUCAUUUCAUACCCUGUGAUCAACGCAUUUACCUCGGCAGCUGCCAUCACUAUUGGUUUUGGUCAAGUGAAGGGAGUUCUAGGAUUAUCUCACAUUCCAAGAGAUUUCCCAGAAAUGGUGUAUGAAACCUGCAAGAAGAUUCCUGAAACCAAUGUCUGGGAUUUGACCUUGGGAUUAGCUAGUCUUGUCUUGCUGUUUCUGCUCAAGAAAAUUCGAAAUAUCAAAUGGAAUGAUGAUCCUGAUGGUCCAGGACCACAUUGCUGUGUGGCAAUUUGUCGCUAUAUUUUGUGGAUUGUUGGCACUGCUUCCAAUGCCAUUGUUGUCGUCUCAGCUUCUGGUGUGGCAGCCAUUUUGAUCAGUCAAGGAAAAAAUGACACGUUGUCCAUCACUGGUCACUUAAAGCCAGGACUCCCCGACUUCAGGGCACCUGAUUUCUCCUACAGCAGGGAUAACAUCACCAUAACCACCAGCGACAUCUUCUCAGAUAUUGGUGCCGGUUUUGGAAUAGUACCACUUCUAGGACUGGUGGAACUUAUAGCCAUUGGAAAAGCAUUUGCUCGACAGAAUAAUUAUAAAAUUUACCCUAGUCAGGAGCUCAUUGCAAUAGGUUUAGCCAAUAUCAUAAGCUGUUUUGUUGGGUCAUACCCUGUCACAGGUAGCUUCUCCAGAACUGCUGUUAAUUCUCAAAGUGGAGUGAAAACCCCAUUUUCAGGAAUAUUCACAGGUGCCCUUAUCGUCCUGGCAUUAUACACAUUAACACCAUUGUUCUACUACAUUCCCAAGGCUGCUCUGUCUGCUGUGAUAAUAUUUUCUGUGAUGCAAAUGGUGGAUGUGAUGAUCGUAAAGAAACUUUGGAAAGUUAAUAAGAUUGACCUAAUUCCAUUAUUUAUAACAUUUCUAUCCUGCCUGGGGGUCGGAAUGGAGUAUGGUAUAUUGAUCGGGAUCGGAGUUUCGUUGAUUAUUCUUCUGUAUCCUUCUGCGAGACCAAAAGUGAAGGCAGAGUCUGGUGGGGUGAAAGUAGUGAAAAUUGACCACGGCUUGCUGUUUCCUGCAGUGGAAUAUGUACAAGAACGACUUAUUGAAGAAAAUGAAGCUGAAGGCAAGAAUAAUUCCAUGGUGCUGGACUGCAGCCAUGUAUCUGCAGUCGACUACACUUCAAUACAGGGCAUUACGGAGUUGAUACUAGAUUUCAAGAGAAGAAAUGCCAAGCUAGUGUUUGCUGGUUUUUCAAAAAGUGUGCUGGAACAUUUACAGAGAGCAGAGAUUCCGGAGUUGGUUGUGAGUUCAACCGUCCAAGAGGGCUGCAAACUGAUACAAGAAGAGUUAACGCCGGAAUUCCCCGAGGUUCAGCACACAAAGAUCGACUUCAGUUCUCAUCUGUGAUUCCUGUCUGUGAUAUAGACAACCGAACAAUACAGCAUUUAAAAAUCAGAACAUGCAGCAAAUUGUUGUGAAUGUCACUAACAGAAAACAUGAUUUUUGUUCUGUGUAUUUUUAUGAUGUACAUAACUAUUUCAAUGAUUUGUGUUUUCGGCAGAAGUGUCUUUAGCAUAAAUAUUUUGUUUAAAUGUAUUUGUAAUUAAAGUAGUGUAAAGUGCUAUAACAUUUUAAAAUACUUGUUGUGUUAAAUGCAAUAUUUGAUGAAACAUUUUGUGUGCGAGAACAAACAAAGCUUAAUUGUUAAAGUAAUUCCACCCUCAUGUGACGUCAUAAGAUUUUGCAAAAUCAAUGAUUUAUUUAGAUAUGUACAAUAAAAAAUCUUGUUAAACAUAAAAUAUUUCAAAAGUCUAAGUGAUAUAUGAAUAAUCAAUGAUAUGUUUUGAAAUAUUGAAUCCAAGGGCAAUAACUCUGUUUUCAUUGAUUUCUUUGUCAAGUCUAUUAUGCAAUAGAUUUCCUUUAUUUUUCACAGAUAUUUUGUAUAUUUUUGUAAAGAAACAUUUCAUGAAAUUUUUGUAAAGAAACAUUUCAUGAAAUUUUUAUGAAUAUUAUCAUAUCAUUAUAACCAAUUUUUGUGAAAUUUUGAUUAUUCUGUUUAAGGAAAAUUGCAAUUUUCUGGCGUUGAUCUAUAUGAUUCUGUCUAUGUACAUGUAUGUCUCACAUCUUAAAAAGUACAAUGACCUAUAUAUUUUAUUUAAUAGUGUUCACUCUAAUGAAUGGGAAUAAAUACACUUUCUAUACUUUUAUCAGAUAAUAAUGCGAGUAUGGAGUUACCUUAAAGGUUCUAUUCACUUCCGAUAUAGAUUUAAAGGACCAUACUCAAUUUGGUGCUAAAAGCUAUAGAAUGAAUGUCAAAUUUUUAUAUUGUUUUCUAAAUCAAUACAUACUGCUGAUCUGAGCAAUGAUAUUAAUUUGUGUGUACACAUUCUUGUCACAAAGCAGCUGAUGCUUGGUGAUUAUUUACUUUUUUGUAUAAAGUAUUGAUUCAUGAAACCAUUAAUUAAGUGCUUUGUAUAGUGCUUUACAGAUUAUGAGUGUACUUAAUUAGUCAGACCUAGGUAAAUCCCAUGUGCUAUUGUAAUACAUGUACAAAGGAAUUAUUAUCAUGUGGUGCAUUAGUCUCUCAGGGGAAAUAACUUGUGGGUUGUAGUGAUUGCUAGAAAAAUUUACUGUGGAUUUUAAAAAUCCAUAUCUUUAUAAAAAAAAACCAUGCAUAUUUUCGUGUGUAUUUUGUGUGUUAUGCAUAUUUUCAUGUUGGAACUUGUGCUUUUUUUUUAUUUAACCAAUCAAUACCAUAUAUCAAGUGCACAAAGAAAAUUUGCCAACAAUAAAAGUGCCAAAAUUUCCAUUCAUGUAAAUGAUACACAUAUUUUAUGAAAUUCCACCAAAAAUUAAAACACCAAGAUGUCUGAACUAUUUCUUUUGAGAAAUAUCUGCAGAAUCCUCCAGAUGCCAAAAAUGACUGAUAUGAUUAUGGUAUAUGUAUUUUCAUUCCAUUGUGAAGAUGAACUUUUUCUUGGAUUUUACCAGCAGUAUGGUCAUGCAGGCCCCCAUUUUCUACUGAAUUCAUAUAUUCAUACACUGUUUUACCAUUGAAAUUGGAUUUGUUUAUUUAAAAACUAAAGUAAACUUUUUAAGAAAAACAUUAAUUUCAUUAAGAGAAUAUUAUGCAGUGAUAGAUGUACAAAAAGAAGCAUUUUAUCAAUAUUGGAGAGUUUUAAUGGUACCAUUACAUCUGAUAUCAAAUGUAGAGUGCAAUAUACAUGUAUGUAUCUUCAUGUUCAUUUACAAGAUUUCAGAACCUUCUUUUUAAGUUUUAGCAUGUACGUGUCAUUUACACGAUCACUACUUAUGUAUAUUUCAUAACAACAAGCGAUUUAAAUUUUUUGUCAGUUAUUGUACAUGUUAAAAAUGUAUUUUAAAAAUGAAUAAAUGUCUAGAUUGUUAGUUUAAUUCAAACAAAAUUUAUUUCACAACAAUCACCAUUUUAUGAUGUAUCUAUCGGUAAUGGAGAUUAGCAAACAAGGCUUGUAUUAAUUCUACUCUCCGUCUUCCACUUUAUGAUGUAUCUAUCGGUAAUGGAGAUUAGCAAACAAGGCUUGUAUUAAUUCUACUCUCCGUCUUCCAUUGUUUGUAGUAUGGGGUAAAGAACAAAGCCAUAGAAGCAAGGGGUACCUCCCUAUAAUAAAAACCCGAUAUUUAUUCUGUAUAUUUUGCAAAAUGUAUGUUUUUAUGUUAAGUUCAAAAGGUCAAUGUUUUCACCAAGAAAUAAAGUGAAAGAGGAAAUUUUUAUUGCCGACAAAACGUUGAUUUAUUUAAGUAUGUAACAAUAAAGAUUGUUUUGAUUUUAUCACGAA